AUGGCGGUACAAGAGGUCACCAGUGCCUUCUUGAAGAGGUUCAGCGCACGACCAAGUCCACUGCAACAUGUCUGGGCUGCGCAAUGCCGGCACGCGAGCACGAAUGUCGAGACUGGUCAGGAGACACAAGGAAUGGAGACAUCAGACUUCUCCGAGGGUCAGAAUGAAGGUGGACAAGAUAUAGGAAGAUUCGAUCCAGCCGGAGUGGCAAGAAAGCGAGGAAGGAAACUGCCACCCAGCCGAUACCAGUUCCGAUCACCUCGAUACUACCGCGGACCAUUGCACCCACAUCAACCCCUGAAGCCAUCAGAUCCAGCGUCGCGGGAGUUCGAGGCAGGCCCGUUCUCUCUGCCUCGUCUAGAACAGACCUACCAUGAUACGCUCGCAUCAGAUUACAUGGUCAUGGCUUACCAACAUCAUCCUCCCGGCUACGAAGCGCCGAAGAAAGGCGACCGAUUACGACCCUGGGUUGGCGACUCGCCAUACUACAAGAACAGACCUCUGCGAGGCCCCAGAGGUGGUGACGUGCUGAAGCUGCUACGAAAGCCGAUCACGUUCCAGAACGUUCCACAAUUAGAGCGUGUGACCGUACAUACCAUGGUCAAAGGCGCGAUUGACGAUGGCGCGUAUCUCCACGUCGCGGGCAUGGUGUUGCAGGCCAUCACAAAUAUGCGCGCAGAGUCGCAUGCAGCAAAGCGCAGUGUGGCAGGCUUCGGCAUUCGUGCCGGCCAGCAUUUGAGCUUGACGUGCGACCUGCGUGGCGAGACUAUGUACCACUUCCUGAGCAAGCUCGUGGACGUGGUCUUGCCUAAGAUCAAGGACUGGCCGGGCGUGAAGGGAAGCUCUGGCGACAGUUCUGGAGACAUUGCUCUUGGACUGCGACCGGAGGACAUGACGUUGUUUCCAGAAAUUGAGGUCAACUACGACAUGUAUCCACCUAGGAUGAUCCCAGGUUGCCACAUCAUAGUCCACACCUCUGCGACCAACGAACAAGACGCUCGGGUGCUGCUCUCACAGAUCGGCAUUCCCUUCUACGGCAAAUUGAUCAACUAG